AUCUGGAAUGGUUUCUUGGCCAGACAUUUUUGGUUAAAGCCUGUGCUCAGAAGGCUGGCUCAGGGCAGACCACAUUGACUUCUGUUCCACUUGUUCCGAGUGCAGCAGGAGCAGAAUGGCGUUCCGAGCAGCCUGCCUGAUUGUGUGCCUUUUUAGUGUGGCCCAACUGGCAACCCAGCAAAGUGUCAAACUCAAGAAGAAACCAGAAAACAAGAAAGAUGUGGUGAGCCUCAAGAUGAUCGAAGACCUGAAGGAACAGCUAGACAACAUCUCCCAGGAGGUGGCUCUUCUAAAAGAAAAACAAGCACUUCAAACAGUGUGUCUGAAAGGCACCAAGAUCAAUCAAAAGUGUUUCCUGGUUUUUUCCAAUGCCAAGACCUACCAUGAAGCCAGUGAAGACUGUAUCUCUCAAGGUGGCACCCUCAGUACCCCCCAAACAGGAGAUGAAAACGAUGCUCUCUAUGAGUACAUGAGGAAGAGCAUUGGGUCUGACGGGGACAUCUGGCUUGGUGUUAAUGACAUGGCCAUUGAAGGAAGAUGGGUGGACAUGACAGGCAACAACAUUGCCUACAAGAACUGGGAAACUGAGAUCACCACCCAGCCUGAUGGUGGGAAGUUGGAAAACUGUGCAUCCUUAUCAGGGGUUGCCAUUGGCAAGUGGUUUGACAAGAGGUGCCGAGAUAAGUUGCCUUAUGUGUGUCAGUUCAUGAUUGUUUAAGAGGAAGGCUCAGGGUGGGGAAAAGAAGAUUAAAGCAUUCCAUUUAGCACCUGGAAUAGAUCCCUGUGUGUGUAUGUGCAUGCAAGCACACACACCCCUGCAAAGAGUUUGUAGAUACAAUUAUAUAGAUAAAUUUUGGAGCAGAUAAAAUCAUGACUUGGAAAUUGGUUAAAAUGAAUUUGCUGAAGCUGUCUCUUAACUGGCCAGCGUCAAUUUGGUAGCAGCUGCGUUGUUCUCGCGUUAUAGAUAUAUAUUUUUUUACAACUGAAAUGUUAUCGAGUAGGAUCUCAUGAUUCCCAUUCCACUAAGUGAGAAGUCUUGCUCCAGUCAAAGAGGCUCUUCACUUAGCAGAAGGGAGUUGACAGACCUGAGCAACAAACUUGGACAAAAUAUCGGCUGUUUCCACACCGGCCUCCGGAACACUGCACAAAACACAUGGAAGAUAGCAUCUUCUUGCAUGAAAUCGCACCAGGAAGACACUAUCAUCCAGGAAUUUUGCGCGACAUCGUGUCUUCCUGGCGCAAUUUUGUGCGAGAAGAUGCUAUCUUCCGUGUGUUUUGCACAACGUUCCAGAGGCCGGUAAGUCGUGUGGAAACAGCCAUCAUAUUACCGUACUUGGGACUAAUUUGUUUGUUGUUCUAUGUACAUUUUCCUGUAGUCCCCUCUUCCUUCUUGCACAUUGUACCAAACGAAGCCAGCUUUUGCUGAUUAUUGUCCAUUAGGCUGAACGGCUGAAAGUGCUUAUGUUUCAUGUUACACCUUUCUUAUGGUAAAAUCGUUAGCCCACAUCCACCUACUUAAUAUCUUUUGCACUACUAGAAUCAGUUGUGUACAGCCUAAUUUAUUGUACCAGGUAAUGCAGGCAUAAUGAAGGGGAGUCAGAGGAGAACCAAUUAGGGAUUUCACUGUUUUGCAUACUCUAAAGCCAAAACACACUUUGGCAUAUACUGGACUGAGCUCCUAUGUUUCUGAGCUACAGUAAUCUUCUCUGAGUGAAAACAUAAAGCAGUUAUUUGGGAAGGCAGGAAAAUUUGGACCGCUACACGGGCCAUCAGCAGUAAUGCUGUUAUUGCAUCAGAAAUGAAAAAAACCUCUGGAAGAUGCUGGAGCACCAACUGAUGUAAUAUCCUUUCAAAUAAGCAAAAAUGGUUUAAAGGGAAGGCAACUAUGUUUCUGACUAGAGGUGGGCACAAACCAAAAUACGAACUGAAGUUCGUCACAAACUGCGCUGGUUAAUAAUUUGUGAACCGGCGGUUAGUGGGAGCUCAUUUCUCAUGAACUGUGACGAAUUUUAGCCCGGUUCACUUGGUUUGUAUUUCGGUUUGUCACUUCAGACAUCAAUCAGUUUCCUAUGCAAUGGGGGCGAUGGGCUCUCUGCAGACCUUCUGCUGACCCAGAAGCGACAUUUUCACAAACCGAAUGAACCUGUUCAUGAACCAGGGCAAGUUCAUGAAAGUUUGUGGUUCGUGGUUCAUGAAACGCAAUGAAUCACAAACUGCAUGUUUGGAAUUUUUCUGGUUCGUGCCCAUCUCUAUUUCUGACCUUUCCCCUGUUGAGAUGAGAAUAUCUGUGCUGUCUCCUGAUCUGAGUGAACUGAACUACCCAGUUCAAAUUAUGUCUUUUUAGUGUAUGCUGGUCAUUUUCACACAUGGACUGCUUGUAUACACCAAGGGGGGAAAUCUCCAUUUGUUCAAAAGGAAGUACAUGCAGAUCAGCUUCCUCCACUUAAAUAAAGAGGAACAGAAACAUGGCAACUCUAGUGUUUGGAACAGAUUGAUGAACUGGGGCAACUGUUCUAAAAUCCACUGAGAAAACAUAUUAGUUGGCUCAUUUUACAAACCAUCACAUAAUGUGCAAGUAUUGUUAGAUUUUUAUAGAAGGUUGGCUAGAAUAGAAUAAUCUAAAUGUGCUUAUGCCUAAAACAAUCUCUACCAAACUUUCUGUUGAAAUUUACCAUAGAAUAAAGAAAUAAUGGCUUUUA